GGCGGCAGCCCGGGCGAGUACCAGCGGCCAGAUCUCAAAUCGGGACGAGAGGCGGGCUCCCGGGGAGCAGCCCGGGGAGAUGAUCAUGGACAAGAAACACUUCAAGCUCUGGCGGCGGCCGAUCGAGGGCACCCACCUAUACCAGUACCGAGUGUUUGGGUCGUACACAGAUGUGACUCCCAGGCAGUUCUUCAAUGUCCAGCUGGACACCGAAUAUAGGAAGAAGUGGGACUCGCUGGUCAUCAAGUUGGAUGUAAUUGAGAGAGACCUGGCCACUGGAUCAGAAGUGAUUCACUGGGUCACUCAUUUCCCGUACCCUAUGUACUCGCGGGACUACGUGUACGUUCGGCGGUACCGCGUGGACAAAGAGAACAACCUGAUGGUACUAGUCUCACGGGCAGUGGAGCAUCCGAGUGUCCCCGAAGACCCCGAGUACGUUCGAGUCAGAACCUAUGAGUCCCAAAUGGUCAUCCGUCCCCACAAGACCUUUGACGAGAACGGUUUCGACUACUUGCUGACCUACAGCGACAACCCGCAGACCGUGUUCCCCCGUUACUGCGUCAGCUGGAUGGUCUCGAGCG